AUGGAUCCUAGCUAUGUGGAAAGUGGGAAUUACGUGUAUAUUAAUCGAUAUCCAGCUUGUCGGUUCUUCAGCCACAUUCGAACAGCUUUUGGUAUCUUCACUGUGUUUAGUAAGUUAUUUAUAAUAUUGUUUGGUUGACGUUUAGAGUUGAAAAUUUUCUUUGAUAAGAUGUUCUAGCCCAUGAUAAACAGGGAACUUCUUGAUUUUGAGCUCAAAAAUCUGUCGCAAUUGCUGUUUGUCUAAAAAUAAGAGAAAAUCGUCCACAUUGCAGUAUUAUGGUGUGCCGCGUUCGACUCCGUUAUUGGCAUCACCUCUGUGCCCAUCGGGAUAUAUCUAGCUGUGAUCAGUUGUCCAGUAUUUCUUCUCGAAUGUGGAAAGGUUAUCCGGAUUUGUUGCGGGUAAGGUUUUUCAAUUUGAACUUUGAUUUUAGUCAAGUAGAAGAUGUCUAAGUCGAUCUCGAGUUUAUUUUGGACCUGAUUGCUUUUGAUUUAGAACUGACGGAGCCCUAUGUUCGGUCUUUAGUCUGGUCCUUGGAUUUGAUCGCUGGAAGCGUGGGAUCUUUUACUGUGUCAUGGCUGUUCCUUGUUUCUUCCAGUCGAUUGCGACCUGGUUCUCCGAGUUCGCUGGUAAGCCCGGCUUUCCUGUUUGUGAUCUUGGUUUAGGGUUGAUGUUGUUUAUUUGUGGUUGUUUGUACGUUGCGAAAGUGUUUCAAAAGAAGAAAGUUCCGACGUUCGUCCCGGACCCGGCCAGUGCCACGGGAACUCGGCAGUAA